AUGCUUUCAUGGGACAAUUGUAAUCUAAAUUCUGGACCGUUGAUAAUUCAUUUAAGCGAUGUCGACGAUAUCGAUGCCACCUUAGAUGUAGUGGAGUUUUUACGUAAUAAAAAGAUUCCGUUACAAUGGCAUACUCAUGGUUACAUUUGCCAAUACGCACCCUACCGUCUAAUACGAGAAUUCAGAGAACAAUAUCCUGCUUAUAUUCGUCGUACCAAACUUAAUCGUCGAAGUUUUUGGACAUUAAAAUAG